AUGCAGAGGUUCUUGACGGAUCACUAUCCGCUCGUUCAAGCAGUCAAGAGAAAGUCGUUGGAUACGGCCGCCAGCUUGAUCCGUAGAGGAAUUUCUGCAAACGUGACCGUACGAGAGACGCCGGAAUGGUGGGCAGAAGAGAUCGAGUGUCCACUUCUACAUUAUGCAAGCUUUGCGGGCGAUAGAGAAAUGGUAUUGUUGUUAUUGAACAACCAAGCUGAAGUCAAUGGACUCGACAGUAUUGGAGGUACUGCUUUGCAUGUUGCCUCGAAGAGAGGACAUGUUGAGGUAGCAGAAACGCUCUUACAGAGUGGAGCAAAGGCCGAUGCAAAGGGACGAAGGGCAUGGACACCUCUGCACUGUGCAUGCUUUAAUGGACACGAGAAUGUUGCGAAGGCUCUUUUGAGUAAACAGAUAGAUCCUGAUUCAAGAACAUUUUUUGAACAAACUCCGCUACACUUGGCUUGCAGACAAGGCCAUGCAAAUGUGGCUGAGUGUCUCUUGUGCAAUGGUGCUGACAUAGAAGCCAAGAAUGAUGAGCUUGAUACACCUUUGAUGUGUGGGGCUGCAUGGGGUAAGAUUGCAGUCAUACAGCUGCUGAUUGAAAAGCACUGCAAUGCAUCGGCAGUUAAUGGGCAAGGAAAGACUGCUCUUGAUCUUGCUGAAGAAAAUGGUCACGAAGAAACAGCUGACUUCCUUGCUGCAAACACGUAUAUGUCAAAACAUGAGGACGAUAUUUCAAUGUCUGGAAGCAAAUCCAAUAGCUGCUCAGAGGCUGAGAAUGAUGAGGCAUCAGAAGAGAGUACUGGAGUCAGAGGUGCUCUUGCACGUUUAGGACGACGGGCGAUCUCACUGUAUGAGAAGGCUCUGGAAAGGGGCUGCGUUAAAGUUGCCUUUCUACUUCUCAUAGUUACUGGCAAAGAUGGCGCUGGGAAGACCAGCUUUACUGAUUCACUCUUGGACUUACCAUUUGAGGAGAACCAGCUGAGCACACAAGGAGCCGCUGUCAGGAUGGCAGUUAGAUCAACACAAGGUUGGAAGGAAUCCAGUUCGGUAAUCGACGAUCUCUUGGCUUAUGGAUUUGUUGACGGAGCUCAAGUUCCAUCAUUAGGUCACUCAUCUACAGAACUGUCAUCACACACUAGUACUCGGCCUAUUUUGAAGCAAGAAAAUAUCCCCGAUGGAGUUACAUCAAGCCCUAUUUCUAGUGAUUCCGAAACUGAGAGAGACAACAAAUACAACGAAAUUAUGUCCAAGAGUUCUAUUGGUCACGAUCUUGCCGCUUCGUGUAAGGAAUUGACGUGUCAGCAAGCGUGGCUUAUAGAACAGCUCCGCUAUGAUGAAGAUCUCUUCCAUGUGUAUGACGGAAUGGUUGUGGCCACGAUGAGAGACUUGGGUGGGCAGGAAGUCUUUAUUCCAACACAUUCAGCAUUGAUGCCCAAUUCUUCAAAAUACAACAACACAGCGUACAUUGUCAUGUCCAAUCUGGCUAGAGAUCCUGACCAUCCAUUCUCGUCGACGUACCGUGCAAGCGCGGUAGAUACAAUCCUUCCACGAGUGUCAGGCAGAAUACACAGUGACUCAGACUACAUCCGCUACUGUUUGUCAGCAAUCAAGGCAGCCCACGGCAACGCAUUGCCCACUCUCUACCUUGGGAAGACCGAGGGUGUAGCAUCACCUCCUGUCUUUUUUGCAGCGUCACAUGCUGGAGAAGAAAAUGCAGCCAACAACGUCGAAAGCCACGAGGCUAUUCUACGGGAUAUCAUCCAGAGCAAGGGAUUUGAGGCUCACGUAGUGCCUCCAGAGAUUGGUAGUAGCCGGUUGCUUUUUCCUGUGGACAACAAGAAGUCUGGCAGCGGUCAUCCUGACGAAAUCAUUCUUCUGAUUAAGAUGAAGAUCGAACAAAUGGCUGUUGCUCAUUCUUUGUCUCAGGAUCCGAUUCCUCUGAGGUGGCUGGUUCUUUGGAAAAUGGUGUGUCGUUUGUCUCGGAUGCCUCAGUAUAAAGUGGUCGAACUGAAAUGCAUUACAAUACUCGCCCAACACGUCUGUGAGAUCGAGACGACCGAAGAAGUCGAAUUGGGUCUGCACUGUCUCGUUAGCUAUGGCCUGUUUCUCUACUACCCAGAUGUCCCCAAGAUCCAAGAUGUCGUUUUUACUGAUCCGCAGUGGGUUGUUAACGGUUUGUCAGCAUUUGUGACCAUUAUCGAUCCAGUUCAUUUGCCACCAAUUCUUAGACAAGACGCUAGUAACCUGCUCAAAACAGGUCUUAUGUCCUGGCCACUGGCGGAACAUCAACUGCAUAAAGCUGGCAUCAGACAAGAAAACGUUCUAUCAGUCUUAGGGCUCUUUCAACUGUUUGACGUUGCAUUUCCAUCUUGUGACAAGAACAAGAUUGAACCAGGCUCAGAUUUAUUUGUGCCGUGCAUGAUUGCUGAAGAUCACAAAGGAGUUUACUUCUGGCAGGAAGACACUCUUUGUCAAUCUCGGCCACCAUCUUUGAUCUUUCGUUCAGUUGGGGUUGACAUUCUACUCGAGACUCUGUAUUUUCGACUUGUAGCCUGUGCGGCCUCUUACAUGACUACUAUGUCUCUAACAAGAGAUCGUGCAGUUUUCUGCUUGCCAGACGACCUCAACCUGGAGCUGGUCUACUACCAGCAACGCUACAUAAUUGCAACAGUAAAUACGGUAGACAAUUUAGAAAUCAAGGAAAAAGUUUACGUGCAACAUUGCAGUGAUAUAAGAGAAUUCCUUUCUCGUCACUUGGAAAAUUCGAAAAAAAUGGGAAUGGCGGGACUACAGCUUGAGCUAUGUUGCCUAUUACCACAAGAAGAACGAUCAAGUGGAUAUAGACCAGUGGCUACCAUAAAUCCCAAUCUGAUUAUUUCCCUUUGUAACUACAACGUUCAACGUCCUCUACUAAUAUCCGGUUCCAGUCGUCUUAGCUCUAGAAUGCUCUGUGACAAAAUCAAUAUGUGGUAUGGAAAAUCGCCGAUCAAAAGGAGAGAAAGAAAUGUCUCAGCAUGUGCCGGUACAUCAGCAUUCUCUGUUGACUGUGACACUUCGUUCGUUGAGCAAAGUGCUUAUGUUUUAGCAGACUGGAAGCGAAUGCCCACGGAUGAAGAAGUUGCCAAUGUAGCUUGCAACAUAGGUCUCAAGUGGAAAAAAGUUGCAAGGCAACUGAAAUUUCGUCGGGCGCAGAUAGAAGAGAUAGAAUGUCAGCACUCAAUGAGACUUAGCGAGCAAGCGCAAGCCAUGCUGGAGACCUGGAUCGAUGAGCAUGGCGAAAUGGCGACCGUCGGACGGCUUUAUAAGGCUUUGAUUCAAGCAAAGUGUAGACGGAGAGCAGAAAAAGUGUUUGGUAGCAUGAAACGUAGAAAGAUACAGUAGAAAAUUGGCCUGGUAAAUUGGAUGAGUUUAGUUAUCAUGAUAUGAUGUAAAGGUAAAGACUUCAAUAUAUUGUAAAACAUUGCUAGAAAAAUUAAUAGAAUGAACAUGCAAACAGUUGACAA